AUGAUUGAUAAAAAGGGAACUAACCAUACUGUCUUCCGUAGACAUGAACGCUCGACUCAAUUGGUUCUGGAUCGCCUCAAGCAGCUGGACGAUCGAUUCAAUGACAUGCUAAAGAGCCAAGCAGAGCAAGACCUGAAAUUAGAGGCUUUGAUACGCGCUCAAAAGAUGUCUCCAUUAAGUCCGAAGCUAGAAAAGAAGCCCGAAGUAGCACACAAGACACCCACCCCGGCAGAACAGGAACGGACUUCACCCAAAGCUGCCAGUACAAGCGAAACCCCGACUGGAAAGCAUAUUAAAGACGAGCACAUUGACCUACAUAUUGACGAUGAUGAACUUUCCAUCCCAAUCGAACAUACUACCGCAGCUCACAAACUUCUCCUAUGGCCAUCCAUCCAGAAACUACUACCUGAACGAAUUGAUGCGGACUAUGUCAUGGAAUUAGAGGAGGAACGAGGGCCUAUCAGGCCUUAUGGACGGGGCGAAGGUGAAGAUGGACACGAUAUUAGCGUUUAUCCUUACAGUCCAAAACUCCGAUCCCCUAGCCCUCGAGAAGAUGAAACCUACCAAACCCGCUCUCCGGGUACUGGAUAUGGUACUGGGCUAGAAAUCUACCAAUCCAAUCCUACCCUGCGUGUCCCAAAAGAGCGUCAGGUAGGCGGCCUCAAUGCAUCCGGCGUCCUUAACCUUGAUGCAGACGUUAUUGAGAUGCACCGCCAAAGCUACCUUCAGAACAUGCACAUUCUGCACCCUAUACUUGCUCAAGACAGCCUGAACAUCAUGAUUACGAACUUCAUCAGGACGUAUAGCCCCCAGUCUAAAUCUAUGCCAACCCCACUAGCGUCACGAGCGGAUCCGGCAUCUGGGGUUCACAGAGUUCAAAAACGAAAGCGAUCUAUUGACAUGACUGACGGAUACCCUGACUCUCCAGUCUCAGACAGCUUUUCUCCUCACGCUGGCCAUGAAAUUCAACGUUCCCUUGAUAAUGCAAUUGUUUUAUUGGUGUUAGCUCUAGGCUCGAUAUGCGGAUAUAAGGGGCCUAUUCCUGGCCCAGUACGUCACGUACCGGCUGGCCCCUUCACACCUGUGAUGGGAGACCACUCUCUAGCGUCAUCAACCUCUCCGCCUGAGAGUAUGCCUUUUGCAAACCACCAUAGACGAUUUUCCACACAGUCAACCCAUGUUGGCCCAGACCCGCCCGAUAUUAGGAAUAUGGACGUCAUUCCUGGAAUGGCGUAUUAUGCACUUGCUUCAGACAUUCUAGGCAAUUUGCAUGGAGGUAAUGAUUUAGCCCUUGCUCAGGCCUGCCUCCUAGCAGCCCUUUAUACGGGACAGCUUGCACAUCCAUUUUCAAGUCAUGGGUGGAUUUACCAAGCAGCCCGUGCCUGUCAGGUUUUGGUUCGACCAACGGAACUAAUAUACCUGCAAAACAGUGAUAUACUAGCAGAACUUGACCUGCCAGCGAGCGGAAUCAGCCGGCUAGAAGGGCGAAUGAACUUUCCCCGAGGAGUCUUUGCCCAUACCAUUCCAAAUGAGAUACACGCACCCAAUACUAUGAUGAUGAUGUAUUACCUUGUGCAAAUUCAUCUUCGAAAAGUUCUUAACAGGAUCCAUACCGACCUAUAUAAGGCUGAAAAGCAAGGAGGUGAAAAGGCCCGCUGGUCGACUAAGAUCCAAGAGGCCCUAAGCUUCAACCUUGAGCAAUGGCGCAGUGGUCUUCCUGAGUACAUGCGUUGGGAAGAUUCUGACCCACCGGCAAAAGAUAUCAACACUGCACGUAUGCGCGGGAAAUACUAUGGCGCCAAAUACCUCAUACACCGACCUUUGCUUCACCAUGCCCUACAUCCAAUGGCCCCUAAGCCUCGCAACCCUGUCCCUGCUUCAUCCCCCGCACAGUCUACAGUCUCCAGCUCCCAGUCUCAAGUGUCUCCAUCGCUUUCUCACGUCCAUCAGGCAGAGAAAAUGGAGCGGUACACAAGCGAGAUGGGCCCGCCAGUCCGGACGCCAUCAAACGACCCGCAGCCGCCGUUGCUGAGCGACUUGGAACCUAAGGUUUUCGAUGCAUGCAUGGUCUGCAUUAACGCGGCUAUGAAUAGCACUGUUGCGUUCGAUGGAGUAGAAGGCCGCCCCAUAGUCACCAAUAUCUUUGGAACUGCUCAUGCUCAAUUCGGCAAUAUGCUUGUCCUCUCAGCAACAUAUACAUCUCAACUCUCUGCCCUUGUCGACGGCGACAAGCUUUGUGCUCUGCUCGAUCGAACCAUCAAAUUCCUUCUACGAAGCAGACACAUCUCUCCCACCUUGCGGAAAGACGCAGAGAUAUUAACCUUGAUAAGACGCAAACUAUUCGAACAAAACCCCCAGCCGCAACCACAGCCGCAGCCGCAGUUGACACAAACCGGAAGCUUCUCCAAUGAUCGAUGA